AUGCAUAUGUUAGAUAGAAAAUAUAUAGUACCUGAGGUGCAAGAUCAUUCUGAGCAGGCAGAGGCUAUUGGGAAUGAUCCAAAUGAUUUGAGUAAUCCUGUAGACGUGUGCCUAGACCGGCUAGAAGUAGUUCGAAGCCAACUGUCUCUGCCAUCAUCACCACAAUCUUCGCUGGAGCUAGAGCUAGAGUCAUUGUUUUUGAACAGUGAUAGUAGAGUGGCAACUGAAAUGGAGCGGAUUGCAAUUAUUCUGUGCCGAAUAGCCCAUCGAAUUAUCCGGGCAGAAACACUAUCUGAAACAGAUUAUUCAACACUUCUUCAGAUAUUUGAGCUUGGGCUAUUCUUAGCGCAGUUUAAAGACCGGUGGCUGUCUCAUCUGAAAAAAACCCGCAUCAUUCAAGAAAACAAGUGGGUAACAGAAAAAGAGUUUGUCACUCCGGGCCCACUGCUUUCCUCUGCUCGCGAGCUCAUGUCUCUGGCGCAGGAAUACAUAUUAAGACGGACUGUUAUUACUGGAAACAGGUGUGACUUAUGCGCAUAUGCACUUGCUAAUAUUGGUGGCAUAUACGCACCAAGUCUUACACUACUGCUUAAUAGUAAUACAAAGAAACUAGAAAUAGAAGAGAGUAGAGAGGAAACAGAAAUGUAUGAUGAUUCACUUGUGCUUAGCGCAGAUGUUAAACAGUUGCCUUUGGACUACUUUUACUUUUUGCUUUAUAGCCUAACAGACACAGCACAGGAAAAAGCAAAAAUACUUACAAAAUGGGUGACAGAAAUGGGGGAUACUCUGGAUUUAACUCCUCUAUACCUCCCGUCUAUAAAUAUAUUAGAAUACUGCAAAUUAGAGAUGCAGAAGAUAAGAAGCAUAGAUGAUGCCAUUGAGAUUGUACGAGCGGCAAACUCACAUGCAAUUAUGUGCAAUGCAUCAAUAAUUAUAAACAGCCACAGAAAGGGGAAGCUACCAACUAAAGAGCUAUCAGAAAUACUUAUAAAUACAUACACAAAGGAGAAUUAUCAAUGCACAAUACAGAUUCUUCAGAACAUUGCAAAGUAUAGCCCGGUUGCUGCAGAAUCUCUUACCAAGUCCUUGAUUAUUAUAGGAGGAGCAACUGAACUUGCUCCAUACUUCUUUAAAACAUCAUUUAUCAUAGACAGAGACUAUGCAGAAACAAGCAUAAUUUGUGCGGAGCAGAUAGACUGUAUACCACAAGAAAUGCUACGGCUUCUUUGUGACAGCGACUAUUUUAAACUGCUAUGUGAGGAGAAAAAAGUGUUUAAAGAGAUAGUUAGAGUUAUAUCUGAAAUCUGCAAAAAUAAGUCGGUUAGUAUAAAAAGCGGCGAAACCACAAUUAAAACGGACUGGGAUAUCCGCAAGUUCUGCGGAAGAGUAUUUAGUGUCCAGAAAAUUACGAUUGACUCGCUUGAGAAAGGGCUUCUUCUUAUGCUUUAUUUCCCAGACAUGUCACUUUCUAUAAAAAGAAUAGUAUGGUGUGAGAUAGAAAAGAAGGGAGCUUACAUGGUGUCUGAGCAUGUUGACCGACUAAUAUCAGCAAUUUAUAUGUCAAACGGGCUAGAUAUAAAGAAGAAUAAUACAGAAAAGGACCAGCGAAGCUCGAUUUCUAUUGAUAGAACCAGAUUUAGCAAGUGUGUUUCAGAUGAAAUAGAUCAUAUUGUGGAUGUUUUGAACCAUUAUAGAGAAGUUCCCUCUAUACAAAGGCAGCUGCUUAAGCUGGCCAGAUGUCUGGGGGUUUUCUCUAUCCUUCUUACAUCAGACCCCGAUAUGUUUACUAUUAAGUGCAUCCGCAUGGAAAUAAAAAGACUCAAGCCGGAAAUACAAAAGCUCCAGGAAUUUCUUAUGCAGCUGAAGGAAAGGAACGAGCUGCACCAAGACGCCCACUGGUUUAUACAAGCAAAAAAACAGAUUUCACUGGGCAACUCGAUUCGCUCGUUAAAUUCCAUUAUGAUGCAAGAUGAUAUCCUCUACCUUCUGAACAAUGAAGAAGACAUCGUUUAUCUUCUCAGAUUAAUAAGCAAGCGAAGUGUUCCCGAUAUAUCAAUGGCCUCCUGCUUAGUGGAGAAAUUAGAAAUAGACUGUCUAGAGGAGGAAGGCCUGGUUCUGGGUAAUAAGUCAUCAAUUAGCGUUUCUCUACCUAACAAGACCAAAAAACUCACUGCUUAUCUAAUGCUAACACAAAAAGAAUUCGCAGGAAGGCAGAGUGUGCUAAAGGCCAUAGACACACACUCUGAGGUUGAGGUUUUUAUUAGGGAUGGUGUGCUAAUGACCAGAUAUAAAAAAGUUCUUAAAAACAAGAACAACACAGUAGAAGAAGUUGAGUGCAAAGCAGAGUAUACAUCAGAUAAAAGCACAAGUGACAUCCCAAGUAUAAUCAACAGCCGAACUGGGUGGAGCCUUUCUAUGGGAAUAACUCUGUCUAGCAAACAGUGCAAGGUUGUAAUAGGCGAUGUUUCUAUACAUAUUCCCCUUGGAAUCAAGCCAACUGAACUAGUAAUUGGCGAGGAAUUUAAAGGGGUUCUUAAAAAGGCUCUUAUUCUUGAAGAAUCCUAUAAAAAUGACAGGAUAUCCAGCAGGCCAACCGAUGUAUACUAUAUUGAAAAUUUGAUUCCAAUUGAAAGAGCAUGCCAGUAUUAUAAUAGAUUUGGGCUGUUUAUAAACUCAACAACUCCAUAUCAUAUAAAUGGAUCCUCAAAAGUAAGAAUGAUCAAUGUGUUUAAAAGCGUUGGAAGCCAGUGGAGAGUAAGUGAAAGACUUUGCAGAUAUAUUUCUAAACUAUCUGCUAAGCAUUAUCAGAUUGAAGAAAUACUGCAUAGUAAUAUUCUCCCUCCAAAUACAUUAACUGAUUAUUUGACUAAAUAA